AUGUCUUCGCAGAUUGCUUUCGAUGGGCUGCGUGACUUGAAGUGCAACCAGCCCUUCGAGCUGGAAGUGGGCGAAGUGGGCGAGGCCACCCUGGUGCCCGUGGUGAAUUUCCAGCCGGAUCAUGAAGUUUCUGCUCCCAAGGAAGACACGCAGGCCGUGUCUCUUGACGUGUCAAAGGCUUUCCAAGCCCUGGUUGACCAAAUUGUUCAGCAGCACCUGAAGGAGCUGCUGGCAAAGGAGCGCAGGAUACAGAGAUGUCAAAUCGAAAUGGAGAAGCUGAAGCAGGAGUUGGAUCCCGAGGGUGCGGCUGUGGGACAUGUGCGUUCACAUCUGAGCCAUCUGAGCCGCUUGAGUAAGCAACCCAGGGGAAGAAAGUCGGCGAAGGAGAUGCAAGCGGCAGAUCUCUUGGGUGCGCUAGAGAGUACUCCCGGUCAGGAGCGAGAUUCACCUUAUGAUACUUUCCGUGGGAACUCCUUCAGCCGGUCAGAUCAAGGUGAGAGCUACGAAUCUGACACUGGAGAACCAGAUUUGAGGCCUUGGCACCAGCGAUUUGCAUCGCAACUUCAGUCGACGACGUUCGAACUACUCAUCGCCGUAGCCCUUUUCUUCAACGUCCUUUGGAUGGCUGCGCAGCUACAGGUGCAUGGGGGAGUCCUGGGGGCUGCCCUGACCCCGAAUGGUAGUGCAGAUGUGGCCAAGCCAGUAUCCACUCCCCUGGACCCCGUCUUCAUGUUUGGAGACGCAGUUUUCGCGACAUUUUUCGCCGUCGAGGUCAUCGUGCGGAUCGCCUUUUUGAGAGUUGAGUUCUGGAAAGUGUGGAGUAACUACGUGGACGUUCUGGUGAGUGCAGCUGCCAUAGUUCAGGUCGCAUUGUUGUACACCGAUGCCUUGCCGAUUAACCUGAGCCUUUUGCGACUGAUCCGGAUUGGCAAACUGGCUCGCCCCAUUCGGAUGAUAACUAUGACAAGCGUCCUUGCAUCAUUGCAGUUGCUCAUCAAGUGUGUGGCGGGAAGCAUGAACACACUCUUCUGGAGCAUGUGCCUGCUCUUCUUUCUGCAAUGUGUGGCGGGAAUGGUUCUGAGCACCCUGUGCCAUGACUUCAUAGCAGAUCCUGGCUAUGUGCUCGAGCUCAGACAAGAGGUCUUCGCUUACUAUGGUACAUUCACUCGAACCAUUUUGACGAUGUUCGAAGUGCUCUUCGCGAACUGGGGACCACCUUGUCGCGUUCUUGUUGAAGACAUCAGUGAGUGGUUCUCCCUCUUCUUCUUGCUUUAUCGAUGCGUCUUUGGCUUCUCGGUUCUGAACGUCGUGAACGCAGUGUUUGUGCAGCAGGCGAUGAAGGUCGCAAGCACAGAUGAGGAGAUCGCCUUCAAGCAGAAAGAGCGAGAUCUCGCUGUCUAUACCAAGCGCGUGAAGACCCUCUUCCAGACUGUUGACGAGUCCGGAGACGGCUCCAUCAACUACGAAGAGUUCUCAAAGUUGGUCCAGUCGCCGAAGCUUCAGUUCUUCAUGAGCCAGUUGGACCUUGAAUACCAUGACCUCCUCUCUCUUUUUGAGCUUCCUGGCACGCCUGACAUGUGGCUUUGGGGUUUAGGGGGGUUUAGGGGUUUGGGGGGUUUAGGGUGUUUAGGGGGUUUGGGGGGUUUAGGGGGUUUGGGGGGGUUGAGGGGGUUGAGGGGGUUUAGGGUUUAG